UCUUGCAGUUACCAUCAGAAACCCCUCCAGCGUCAGCAGCAUGAUAUUGUGGCUGAAUCUUCUCUUUGCUCUAGCGGCCCUUCCAGGUGUCCGGUCCCAGGUGCAGCUGGUGGAGUCCGGAGGGGAUGUGAAAAAGCCCGGAGACUCUCUCCGCCUCUCCUGCAAAGCCUCCGGCUUCAUCUUCAGCAGCUACUGGAUGCACUGGGUCCGCCAGGCUCCCGGGAAGGGACUAGAAUGGGUCGCUAUUAUAUACUCCGAUGGGAGUAGUACAUACUACCUUGAUUCAGUGAAAGGCCGAUUCACCAUCUCCAGGGAUGAUCCCAAGAGUGAGCUGUAUCUGCAAAUGACCGGCCUGAAGCCCGAGGACACCGCCCGCUAUUACUGUGCCAGAGACACGGUGACACGAAACCGCUACUGGAUGAGCUGGGUCCGCCAGGCCCCCGGGACAGGACUGGAGUGGAUAGGGGAAAUACACCCAACUUCAACUACCAUCAGCUACUCCCAGCCCUUCAAGGGACGCUUCACCAUCUCCAGGGACAACCCCAACAACCUGAUGUAUCUGCAAAUGGCCGGCCUGAAGCCCGAGGACACUGCCCAGUAUUACUGGGCUAGGCACACAAGACGACCACAAGGCUGCAAGGCUCUCAAAAGAAUCAACGUGUUGAAGCUGAAGAACAGCCGCAUCACUGAAAAUCUAGCAGAAGACCUAGAGAAUGAGCUUGCUGAUUUACGUAUUGAGGAUGACGCUGAGAAAGACUGA